CAAAGACGUGACGUUACGUGCAAGCGACAGCUUUGCUGGUGGGCUCUGCCUGUGUGGCUCCAAGAUAUAGAGGUGAAAACCGGAGGCGGGAACGGGAGAUUUAUUGUAACAUUAAAAGGAUUUAUGAUCAGGAAUUUGCAACCAACACCAAUAACCACCAUAAAAAUUUGCAUUUACCGUACGCAUAAUACAGACGUAUGCCAUCAAGUGGGAUCUGGUCCACCUGUUGUAUGAUGGGUCCUCCUAACACCUUUCGAGUGUAAAAACUCACUAGAUUUUACUUUCUCACUACCCACAAACAACAUGAAGUUUCGGGAUCAGGUGAGCACACUCUCAGACUGGUUUAAGAGCUGGAACGAAUGUGAACAGACAGUGGCUCUACUGUCGCUGUUGAAGAGGAUCACUAGGACGCAGGCACGCUUCCUUCAGUUGUGUCUAGAGCACUCCCUGGCCGAUUGUACCGAGAUACACAUCCUUGAGUCCGAGGCCAACAGUGCCGCACUAAUAAACCAAUGGCACCAGGAGUCAAAAGACAAAGUUAUCUCCCUUCUCCUCUCCCACCUACCACUGCUGCAGCCUCGCAACACAGAUGCCAAGUGCGAAUACAUGAAAUUGUUGCAGAAAGUGCUGGCCUACACCACGGAGACCAACUCGUAUAUAGAGGAAAGUCGCCAGCUUCUUUCCUAUGCCCUCAUCCACCCCGCUACCACGCUGGACGAUCGCAACUCACUGGCGCUGUGGCUUAAUCACUUGGAGGAAAGACUUUCUGCAGGUUACAGCAGGCAGGGGAGGGCAGAUGUGCCUGUUGUACACAUGAGGCAGGGCUCAGAUGAGUGGCAAGCUCCUCUGGAGUCUGGCAUGGGGGAAGUAGGGCACAGCUGGCAAGAGAAGCCCCUCCGUGAAAAUGGACUUAUGCCCUUUCAUUCCUCCAGCUCUUUGUCGUCUGCUAUCCAGAAUGUGGGGACUGGCUCAGUGCUCUCCUGCCAAAUGCACCCCAGUCCGCUGAAACGAUCCAUGUCCCUUAUCCCUACGUCCCAGCAGACAGCCGGCGACUGGAUGGGGGCAGAUGAUGUGAGUGGACGAUCUGUGUUCCUCACACCAGACCAUUGUGGUCCUCUCUCACCUCAGAGCAGUGUGGCUUCCUCGGGCAGCGAGCAGACAGAGGAUAUGGGUACUGGGCGUAACACAUUUCAUGAAGAUGGUAGUGGUAUGAAAGACGUACCCUUGUGGCUGAAGAGCUUACGGCUUCAUAAGUACGCCUCACUUUUUUCUCAAAUGAGCUAUGAGGAGAUGAUGACGUUGACGGAGCAUGACUUGGAGUCACAGAAUGUCACUAAAGGGGCCAGGCAUAAAAUUGCCUUGAGCAUACAGAAGUUGCGAGAAAGGCAGAGCGUCCUCCGGUCCCUGGAAAAGGACAUUUUGGAGGGGGGCAAUGUGCGCAAUGCUCUGCAGGAGCUUCAACAGAUCGUUAUCACACCCAUUAAAGUUUACCAACCAAGCCAAACAGAGGGCUCUAGUACCGACUCACAGCCACGUACUAGCCAGAACCUGGCAGUAAAGGGUUCAGACGAAAAUUCACCUCCUCCAGGUCUGACCACAGAUGGGUACCAGCAGCAAAGCUCCUCUACAUGUGACAUUGAGACAGCGGUGCCACCUAUUGCAGAAGGGGAUAUCCCGGGACAGCUCACCAGAGUCAUGGGGAAAGUGUGCACCCAAUUGCUGGUCUCCAGACCAGAUGAGGAGAACAUCACAUGCUACCUGCAGUUGGUGGAGAAGUGCCUGUCACAUGAGGCUUUUACAGAAACCCAGAAGAAAAGGUUGCUUUCAUGGAAGCAGCAAGUGUUAAAACUGCUCCGGACAUUUCCCCGCAAGGCGCUGCUGGAGAUGCAGGGCUGGGCCUUUGCUUCCAAUUCCCUCCCCAUAGCUGGAUCUGUGGGGGUGUCCUUGGCAAGGAGGGGCCAACGCCCAUUUCAGAUGCCUCCCCGGCCUGUUCCACCAUCACGGAUUGGAGUAAUAAGUCCGGGAUCUAUUGGGGGCGUCUCUCCGCGGCAUGCACUUAGUAACCCAAGCGCUGGGAGCCAGGGGAGGCAGAGCCUGUGGUUUGCCAACCCUGGGGGCAGUAACAGCAUGCCAUGCCAGAGUCACACCUCUGUGCAGCGCACACACUCGCUACCAGUGCACACGUCCCCACAGAGCAUCCUGAAGUUUACUCCUGACUGCCAGGGUCCUGGUGCCGACUUGGAGAUAAACCCCAGGCUGGAGUCACUUUGUUUGAGUAUGACGGAGCAUGCACUAGAAGAGGGUACUGACAAGACUUCCACCAUCUGACAUUUUCCCCUUCAUGGAUUCUGCUCACCCCUUUCCAUGUCUUUGGACCGAUAGAAGUGCCACCGCCCCAUUCACACAAAGCUGCCACUACAUCACCCAUCCACUGCGUUCUAAUAUUCGUUUAAGCUAUCAUACCUUAUAACUAUGGUUUAAUACCCACCUUCACAGAAGCACCGCACAAUGUUGAAGUUGAGAGAGAAGCUCUUUGUCUGUGCAUGGUUACCGAGGCAAGGCCAGCGAGUAGAGUGAGCGGCGUCCCCGUGGUCUGUGACACACGCAUGCCUUGCUCAUGCCCUGCUCUGGUGCAAUUACGGUGACACAGAGAUUGAAUAGGAGAGAGCUCUGUCACGGUGUGGCAAGGAGCAUAAUCCAAAAGAUAUUACGGAGCCAGGAGCUCAGGAGAAGGAAUUAACAUCAGGAAACACUAAAAGCUCAGAAAGAGGCCAAGUCGAAGGAAUAGGGGUGACCUUAGGUAAGGAAGUGUAUAAUGAUCCUCAGCUUGAGGAAAAGUUAUUGCUGAUGCAACAUGUACAACACCUAUAUUCAGGAAGGAAGCAAAUAUCUGAGGUGUCAAAGGGGAACUCUCACUGAGGUGGAUUCCUUGGCUUCUGCCAAGAGACAACUGGAGAGAGGGAAGUGUAUUCAGCCAUCUUUCCUCUCCUGCAGCAUAGAGGGGUUAGCCAGGACAACUGACAACAGUCCACAGAAGAGAAGUGUAUCUCUAAGGCAUUGCCAAUCUCCUGCAGCAGGUAGGAGAGUAGAUGCUGCCCCUAAAAGCUUGUAAAACUGAGGAGACAAAUCUACACUUACAAAAUCACUUUAUGCCCCUCAUGCCCACACUAAGACUGGCAGGAAAAGUUUAAGGCAUGUAUCCUCCCCUUACACAACUUAAGUGACAGGUUCCUGUUACCAAAACUAUUUUUACUUUUAAGAACCAGCCGGGCCUCACCUGAAGCAUCCAGUGCCCCCCUCCAUUCCUCCCUUCUCUUUUGCCGGUCUUACUUCUGGGACCUGUGUCCUCCUACCGCCACACGCAGAGCGUGGAGGUAAAAAGACGGGCAGUGCCUGCAAAGACCGCAUGUGUCCCCCUUCUCCAAAGUAUUUACAAAAAUAGCGCUAACUAUUUAUUUCUAACAUAGAAACACAGCUCCUUUUCAGAUAGAAAAUAAAAAUGUUAUUUUAGAUACAUUUUAUUAUGAAUAACUUUUGUUAUGACAAUGGCUGGUAACCAUGAGUACAAAAUUAUUAAAAGAAAAUACAAACA